CUCCCGCCAAGAACCUUCCCGUCCGUCGCCAUGGCCGCUACCAACGGCGCCGCCGCCGACUCCGUGCAGGAGCCUCCCCACAAGAUCACCAAGGUCGCGCCUCUGCUCAAGGUCAAGAAGCUCUCCGAGAACGCCAUCCUGCCCCGUCGCGGCUCCGCCCUCGCCGCCGGCUACGACCUCUCCAGCGCUGUGGAGGUGACCGUGCCGGCCAGGGGCAAGGCGCUGGUGGCCACAGACCUCAGCAUCGCCAUCCCGGAAGGAACCUACGCGCGCGUCGCGCCGAGGUCCGGUCUGGCGCUGAAGCACUCCAUCGACGUGGGCGCCGGGGUGAUCGACGCGGACUACCGCGGCCCGGUGGGCGUCGUGCUCUUCAACCACUCGGAGGUGGACUUCGCCGUCAAGCCUGGGGACCGCAUCGCGCAGCUGAUCAUCGAGGUCAUCGCCACUCCGGAGGUCGCGGAGGUGGAGGACCUCGACGCCACCGUCCGGGGAGAGGGAGGGUUCGGCUCCACCGGCGUCUGAGCUCUGGAUCUUGAUAAAUAACUCUAGCUAUCUCGUC